GGUGAAUUGGCGUUGUUGACUUGACUGCAAGUGCCAAGUGUUUUGCCGUGUGGAUCAGUAAAAAAAGUGUGUUGGUGAUGAAAGGCAAAGAGAGAGUCGAGAAAAGAGUGCAGAAAUGGACAAAUCUCCGAAAAGCGUGAAGUCGUCCAGGACAAAUCUGUAGAAAGCGUGAAGCUAGCAGCAGCAGCAGGAAGUAGCACCGCACCUGUGGUGACUAAUUGGGACGGAAGAUGUUUCCGAGACUGAUGCAGCCUCCUCCGCCUCCUCCUCCUCCUCCUCCGCUCGAUGGAAUUGAAGAUAUGCAAGGUCACAAUCACCGAGCAGACCCUUGCCUCGUCUUGACUUCCGAUCCCAAACCCCGUCUCCGCUGGACUGCUGACCUUCACGAACGAUUUGUCGACGCAGUCACUCAACUUGAAGCUACGCCCAAGGCCAUUAUGCGAACAAUGAAUGUCAAGGGGCUGACACUUUUUCAUUUAAAGAGUCAUCUACAGAAAUACAGGCUAGGUAAGCAAGCAGGAAAGGAUAUGGAUGAGGUAUCCAAGGAUGGAUUGUCAGCUUCAUACCUUCUAGAAAGCCCUGGUACUGGUAAUUCUUCGCCAAAUUUGGCUACUUCUGAUAUGAAUGAGGGUUAUGAAGUCAAAGAGGCAUUACGAGUGCAAAUGGAAGUACAAAGUAAACUACAUGUGCAAGUUGAGGCUGAGAAGCACUUGCAGAUUCGCCAGGAUGCAGAGCGAAGAUAUAUGGCCAUGCUUGAGAGAGCUUGUAAGAUGCUUGCCGAUCAAUUUAUUGGAGGUUCAGUCAUUGAUACUGAUGGCCAUAAAUAUCAUGGCUUGGGGAAUAAGAAUCCAAAAAGUUCCUCCCUCGACCCACUUGGCUUCUACUCACUACAAUCCACAGAUGUGGCUGGAGUUCAUGGUCCAGAAGAAGAAGUGCUAACUAGUGUCCAUCCCCAAAGGGCUGAUUGCUCCACUGAAAGCUGCCUCACAUCACAUGAGAGUCCUGGAGGACUAACUUUGGAAGGAUCUCCAGGUGGUGGGAAAAAAAGAAUGUUGAGCUUGGAGUCGGCAACUGCAUCUCUAAUUUGGGGUGAAGCCAAGGUGAGAACCCAAGAGAUUAAUCUAGCCCCAGUUGAGCCUCAUGGAAUUACAAGCAUCUUCAAUUAUGUAUUUUACUGCAGGCUUGAAAACCAUAGGAUUUGAGGGUGCUUUAAUCAACUUUCGCAAUUUUGUGAUCCUUGAGUAGACUUGAAAGUUUGCCGAUAGGGAAGUACUAUAGCCGUACGAGCCAGCCUAUGUCGCUCUCCAUAAAAUCAGCCUGUAUUCUGCGCAUACAGGACUCCGCAAGCUUGCACUUGGGAGGCUUCUGAAGCUAUGAUUUCUCCCCGCAUUUUCAGACUUUUUCUUGCUGGAUUUCAAGACAAACUUCUCAUAAACUCUCAGGUUUUCGCAUGCAUUGUACAGAAAACGUAAUCAUUACUAUUUUCUUGUAAAUAUUUCUGUGACAAAAAAAGAAUUAAUUAUUUGUUAUUUGGCCGAAUCAGCAAAACAAGGUGAAU